CAUUUCUCUUGGAGAAGGAAAAUCUUCAGAAGCAAGCCAAGUAGACAAUCAUGGCGUUGAUAUCGUCCACUCUUCUUCGCAUAAAUCUUAGUCCAAUUUUACCCCUGAGAUUCCCGAAAUUCACGGGGGUUUCUUCUUCUUCUCAAUCUCUCAAUUCUUCCAGAUUCGGAAGCUCUAAAUUCAAACCUCUUUCCGUCGGUGCCAACGGAAUGUUUCCGGCGAGCAGAGCCGACGGUGGUUCUGCGGCAGCGGUUUCGUCGUUGCAGGGGGCAGUGACGGAGGCGAUGAACCUGAUCCAAGCGGCGCCUCCGACAUGGAAGUCGGCAGUGGUCAACAACUUAUUGAUCUUUGUUCUCGGGUCUCCGAUCCUCGUCACCGGAUUGUCCGCAUCGGGAAUCGCUGCCGCUUUCUUGCUCGGCACUCUAACUUGGCGGGCUUUUGGCUCCCCUGGCUUCCUCUUAGUCGCCGCGUACUUCGUUAUUGGAACAGCGGCAACAAAGGUUAAAAUGUCCCAAAAAGAGGCACAAGGUGUGGCUGAAAAGAGAAAAGGUAGAAGAGGACCGGGCAGUGUGAUUGGUUCAAGUGCUGCUGGUUGUGUAUGUGCUUUUCUGUCGAUAUAUCAGGUAGGAGGUGCCGCCGUUUCUCAGCUCCUCCAGCUUGGUUUUGUCUCCAGUUUCUGCACUAAGGUGUCUGAUACCGUGUCCAGCGAGAUAGGGAAGGCUUAUGGCAAAACAACGUACUUGGCCACAACAUUUAAGGUUGUACCUAGAGGAACAGAAGGAGCUGUAAGUGUUGAAGGAACAUUGGCUGGACUUAUUGCAUCACUUCUCCUAGCCUCUAUUGGUUGUUUCCUGGGUCAGAUAACUCCUCCAGAGGUGGGAGUGUGCGUACUAGCUUCCCAGAUUGCUAAUUUUGGGGAGAGCAUAAUAGGCGCCACUCUUCAGGAUAAAAAGGGAUUCAAAUGGCUCAACAAUGAUCUGGUAAACGUGAUCAACAUAAGCUUGGGAAGCAUUGUUGCCAUCUCGAUGCAACAAUUUUUACUCCAUAACUGGAUCAAGUAACCCCCCCCCCCCUCCCCCACCUGCUAUGAUCUGGUAAAGUUUUUUGUUUAAAAAAUCUUUUUUAUUUUGUUGUUCUAGUAUGUUCUGUUAUAAAUGCUAACGUUGUUCACAUUUGUCUAGCAAUAUAUAGAAGAGGGCAUUCAGUCAUAUAAUAGUAAUCCAUUCCUC